AUGGACGCCUGGCCAAUAAAUGCUAUUGAAGGCAGGGCGGGUCUUGGCGUGGCCAUAGUGGGAUUAGUAAUAUCGCGCCCGCGACAACGACAUCGCCCGUGCAAACGGUGCAUCAUGGCGGCGUGGAGGUGUAUGAUAUGUGUCGUCUUUGUUGCUUUAACUCUUAAAGUACUCCUUAGCCACAUCAAUGCAAGUCACAGUCGCAGCCCGGAUUUUUGGGUUUACUGUGGUAUUGACAGAUGUGAACAGGACUUUAGAGUUUUCAACUCUUUCUUUCGCCACAUUAAACGGACGCACCUUCAGUAUUUGAGGACUGGAUGCCCACCAAGUGGAUGGAGUACGACGCCUUCAUCUCGGUCUUUGGGACAGGAAACAUUUGGUGUUUCAGUUUUUGCCAGAUGUAGCACUCCUGCAGCGGCCAGCACUGUGGCUGUCCCACCUGCUGCCUCUCUAACUGAACCGUCAACACAGCCUCACGCUGUCGGCCGCCCUCCUGAGUCCGAAGAAGCUGUUGCUGUGACAUCCAUAACCAGACCUGAUAUUGCCAGAUCUGCAGCGGCAUUCACCAUCAGUGUCCGGGAACAGUGCCACUUGUCACAGCAAGCCACAUUCGAAACGCGACUGACGAGUUUCCUCAGACAAGACUCCAAAGACAAAUCAGAGAGCAGGUGUCGUCACUACGACAACAACAGACGCAUUUGGCUGACGGUCGCCAGUUAACAUGGUCUCUCGUUAAACCGGAACACCGGGCAACAAUAGCCAAUAGCCCGUACCUGUGUACAUCCCAGACCCCACACAUAUAAUGCAAGCCACUCUAUAUUAGACUGAGUUCAAAUUUGUGAACUGAUGUGUGACUAAAAAAACUGUACACAGAAACCUUUUCAGUA